CAUGCAACGAUCAAUCGUGAGCGCGCGUGCGGGAAACUGAGUGGUCGUAUCGCACGUACAAAUCAAAACAUUGGAAGCAAACUAUCCACUGGAAUUUUCCCGCGACAUCACGACAAGAUUUAGUUCCAUCUUUCAUCUUACAGAAACCUUUCAGCCACAUCCAGCAGUUGGUCAACCCUAGUUUCUAUUGUCCGUCUGCAGUCUCCAUUGUUUAUCUCUCCAUUACCGUUUUCUACGUAGGGACGUCAUUUAAAGUUACUUGUCUGGCUUCAAGAACCGUGGGUUUGUCUGACGCAUCCAUCCCUUCAUGAUUGCAUGUCAUUGGAUCAUUUCUCCUGCAUAUUGUAGAAGCAUAGAAGGUGCGAUUCUUGAGUUUCCGUGGCAACUCGUCAUCCCAUGUCCCUCAGAGAUCACACCUUCCCUGCAAAGGGAGUCAAGAGAAGAGGACAACCUCACCCUCGAUGGACAUUGAAUCCUAAAUGAAAAUCUCCAUCAUCAUCUACCGGUAUCUCUAUUUAUCAACCGUAAUCACCAACUCAACUAUCAUCUGCGAUUCAUCCAAGUUUAUCUUCUAGUGCAAGUAAAGUCUUGUCUCACAUCCAGUGAGACAGGUUCUGUCGGUUGUCGACUGCUAGAGAGAGGAACAACGUUGUUUAGUCGGAAGCCAUCACGGCAUCACCACCGGUUCCCGCCCAUCGCUGCUCCUCAGUACCCAUCAUCGGCAGCUUACUGUCCUCCUUGUGGUGGGGAGCCGAGCGAGAUUGCAUGUGCGGCUCUGUGGGGGCGUUAGACUGCUCCAAGCUCCUCGGACACAGUACUUCUAGGACAGGCAAGAUGGUGAAGACAUUCCAGGCGUACCUGCCAAACUGCCAUCGCAGGUAUAGCUGUAUCCACUGCAGGGCUCACUUAGCUAACCACGAUGAUUUAAUAUCAAAGUCAUUUCAGGGUAGCCAAGGCAGAGCUUAUCUCUUCAAUUCUGUAGUGAAUGUUGGUUGUGGACCUGCUGAAGAACGGGUUCUACUAACAGGUCUACAUGCUGUAUCUGAUAUUUACUGUGAGUGCUGUAAAACCACACUAGGAUGGAAAUAUGAGCAUGCAUUUGAGAACAGUCAGAAGUACAAGGAAGGAAAAUACAUCAUUGAGCUGGCACACAUGAUAAAAGACAAUGGGUGGGACUGUGAUUAAAGAUCAUCAUCACCCAUCAACAAAGACAAUGGGUGGGACUGUGAUGAAAGAUCACCAUCACCCAUCAAACCAAGAUAUGUAUCAUACCGCUUGGCCUUGUUGGUUAUCAACAACACCUCUACAUGAAAUUGCUUUUUCUCCACCUUACCCAACUCCACCAUGAAAGCUUCUCAAAAAAUAACCUGAAGAUUAUUUCAUAUGGCAAUUGCCUGCAUGUUGAUCAUCCAAGGUGUUAUACCACUAUGUAUGAUGAUACUGAUGUCUAGUGCGAUGUCCAUUUACCAAUAUUUCUAUCAUAAUACAUCAUCCUUUAUGGUGUAUCUGAUAUGAUAAGGGGUCUAAGGGCUGUAAACAAAACGCUUUCAAUUUAUGCAUCUACCAUUUAUCAGUCUUUGUCAUCUGCAACAUGCAGAAAAGCACAGCUGAUGACAUCAUCAAUGACAUCAUUCAUUGUUACAGCUUCAUUUGGACCAAGUUUGCAAGAAUCAUUUUGUAGAUGAGUAUCACAGCAACUAGCAUGAUAACAUGGUCAUAAUAGCUUAUUGUGUGUGAGGGAAAUAUUGAAUUAUAUAUUUGGUUAGCAUUUAAAUAAUUCAUUGUAAAUUCUUCUAAAGGUUAACUUUAUUUUUUUUUUUGAGAAGCAUGGAUGGUAUACAAGGAGAGGUGGUAAUUAUGUGGAUUGGAGAAAUGGAAUUAGAAAGAAAACAGAGUGGUAUUAAUUUGACAGAAAGAACAUUUUAAAGGAACAAGGUCUAAGGUGAGAUUAUUUUAAUUCGGAAUUGGUGCAAUGAGUGACUUGUGCUACGACGUAAGAAGCAGAAGUUGCAACUUAAUCUUCGUCCAUAAUGAGGAAUCGAGAGAUGAACGGCAGAAGGACUUAAACUCGAAUGGUUAAAAGCAACCCAGAAGUGGAACAGUGUAGUAUUCUUUUUCAGAACUGGCGAGGAAAUUGAUGCAUUAUAGUCCACAGAGAGCAGGAGAGAAACCAGUGGCUUGUUAUGGCAUCUUGACAGAGUGCAGUAUUGGAUGCUGUGUAGGUUAAAGGCAGCCUUUUGUUUUGAAAGCAGAUGUCUCUAAAGAGCAUAUUGAAUAUGCAUGAGCAUUGCCUCAUGAAUAUGCAUUAAGGGCUUAUCACUGUCCUGCUAUACUUGAUGUUCAAAUCCUGAUUGAUGAUCAGUAUUUGUCUUGAAUGUAUCAGAGAGAUGGAUAGUGACAUUUGCAAAGGGUUUUGAGUGAGAUGAUACAUCACAAUUGUACAGAGAUUUAUGUAAGGUCAAAGCAUGCAUCUUGACAGAGUGAAGCAUUAUAUAGAGGUUUUAAAUGUAGGAUGGCAAGGCACUGUGUGUGCAUCACUAAUGAGUGAAGCUAUUUGUUUGCAUUUUAAAUGUAGGAUGGCGGUGAGCAUGCAUUAGGAGAAGGUAAAGGUAACAACCUGUCAAUGCAGCCAUGAUGUAAAUUUUAAAUCUUUUUUCUUAGAGAGAGCUUCUAAAUGGCAUGUUUUGUACAAUCUUGUGUAUAUAAAUUCCUCUGACCUAAAUGCAUAGGACAUACAUGUAGAUGUAUUUACAACACAGGAAAGAAAGUGAUAAGAUGCGCAUUGCGAUUGGGGUUGUCACAUAAUGGUUUGCGUGAGAUUUAUCUUGUAUAGCAAUGUGUAUGGUCUCACAGAAAAGGAACAAAGGAUAAUGGGCUUGUUAGUGUCGAUAACGUAUCAUUGGAACGCUCCACUGGGAUAUAUUAACAUGAGUUUUAAAUGAUUAUUUAAUGCCUUUACCGUGUGUAUGAUGUUAUGAAGAGAGAAAGGUAUGAGUGAGUGGGUGAUAGUGUGUGUGUGUGAGAGCAAUUGUUGUGUGGGAAUGAUCAUGUGUUUGAGUGUGUGUCGUGAAUGAUUAGUGAAUGAAUGACAUCAAAACAAUGAUUUAUCUAUUGUGUAUAUGAAUGGUCAUGUACUUGUCAUUUCAUUGUACUAUAUCUUCAAAUUAUCAAGUGCAAAAAUACUACUGUUAUAGUAUACCAAACAAAACAUUUUUGAUACAUGUAUUAUUAAACUUCACAGCAACCCAAUCAAGUUCCUGUAUAAUUUAUAUUUUUAAGAAAUGAAAGAUUGUAAUUCAGUGCUUGAAUGGGCACAUUGUCUAUUCAAUGAAUUACUGGAUUACUGGUACAUGUAUUUGAGAUUAAUACUACUAAUAAUAUGUUUUGUUUCCGUUCAUUGUAAUUAUGUUAAACCUCUUUUGUUGUUAUGAUUAUCUUUACCUGCACUGUAUCAUAACAGAAAAUGAUCCACAUUCAGUUAAAAAUCAAACCUUCACUAUUCUGAUAAUUAAGUUUGAGUUGAUCUCACACUGAAAUUGAUUAAGGGAUUAAAUAUUUUGAACUGAUUCCUGGACAAAGAGGAAAUAUUGAACAUCUUAUGAAGAUAUUGCACAUGUUAAUCAUCAUGAGGACCAAUAAGAAACCUUGUGGUCGUUUUAUAAAGAUGUUCAUAAGUUAGGAGCGACUUUAAGAACGACUGGUGAACCUUUCUUGCGCGCUAAAUAAUCACCAAUGAACAUUAGUGGUGAAUAUUCUUUACCACAAGGAAGGAUCACCAGUUUUUAAAGUCGCUCUUAACUUACGAGCAGCUUUAUGAAACGGCCCCCAGGUGCAUAUCGGCAGGUGGUCUUUUUGUACUAUUUAGCCUCCCUUACAGCUUUUGAUGCAACACAUCAUUGAAAGAAAAUGUUUGGUCUUGAAUCAACCUUUCAUAUCACUUAUAAAACCUUCAGGCUUCAAUAAAGCAAUGAUCUUGUAUGGGUGUAGUUAUUGUGAUGUUAUCCUUUAAAAAAAUCAUGAAGAUACAACCACUUGAAUAAUUAAAACAUUUGGAAUAUAUUAAACUUUUCUGCUUACUGCAGCUUGUUGAGAAACGAUCAUAAUUUUUUCCCUUUCCUGAAUUCGUAUGAAAUCUUGACAAUGCAAACAUUACAAGCUCAUAAAUAUUGGAAGAAUUUUUUGGUUUCUAUUACUUAGCCUACAUGUGACAUGUAUUGAUUGAAUGGCAUGUAGUUCAUGUAUUGAUCUAUGAUUGUUUUACUGCUGUUUUUGUUUCACUACUGUUUUAAUUAUCUUCAUCAGCUUUUAAUUGUGGUUAUUUACUAUCAAGUCAUGUGAAAAUAAUAUCAGUUUCUUGCUCUGUGCAUUGUGUGUAUUUAAGUGUUAUUUACUUUAGGUUUCAACAAUGGUAGAGUAAGAGGAAGUCCUUUCAACUAUCAAAGAGAUUCAAAACGUUCAAUGUUUUGCUUUCAGGCAAGUGUUAAGGUUCUGUUUACAUUGAGUUGAAAUCUAUCUAGCAAGUCAUCACUUUUCUGAAUAUAACUUAUAUGUGAAUGGACCGUUUUCAUCAUUACAAAUUUUGGGUAUGAUUUUAGGAUAACAUUCCUUGACUCAAAGGAAUGGGGGAUUCUCACUGAGGUUCUUGAAUUCAGACCUUUUCAGCAUAUUUUCCACCAUUAAAAACAGUUUUUGUGUUGUAAAGUGGUAAUUCUAGACGGUCUUUUAUGUAAAGCUCUUCUCAAAAUAUUUUACCCAUUACAUUUUUCCAGUUUAUUAGAUAAGGUGUUAUUGCAUAAAUAAUCUUCUUGCAAUGAACUGAAAACUCAUAUGGUGAUCAUAGAUUGAGCAGUCUAGUAUUUUAUGCAAACAAUUGACUAGAAACUACCAUGACUUGUGGUAUUUUAUGAAAAUAUGAUUUAGAAUAUUGUGUUAAAGAUCAUCCAUAUUAGUGAUGAUAAAAAACCCCACUAACUGCAUUGAAUUUGUUUUUUCACUGGCAACUUGGAUCAUUUUGACCGCAAUUAUUGCGACUAGUCAAAUGUAACCAAGUGUUUUGCCUUAGUGUGCAAAUAGGUUUGGUAAGUUUGUAUAUAACAAAAAAAGUCAGAAGAAAAAAAAAACAGCAGGAAAUAGGGGAUCAUUUUCUCUUACAUAUUCAUUUCCUUUCCAGAACAGUUUUCAAGGAUAGCUUUCCUUUAUUUGUUUUUCAUGAACAUUAUUAUUGGAGCAUUUAACUUGGCAGGUAAUAAUUGAUGCAAUUUAUCUGAGACUGAGAUACAAACAAGACAAAUAACUUGCCAUGGUGUAAUUUUAGUGAAAAUUAUAUUAAUUAUUUCCAUUAAGAAAGUGAUUGUUUCAUUCCAACAUACAUCAUAAACAUAUUUUUAAUUGAGCCUAUUUUUUUGAUGGUAUUAAAAUGAAACUAAAAGUAUUUAUUUUUAUUAGUCCAGACAUGUGGUUGCUGUUUUGUUAUAAUUGUAGUGUUUUUCUUCAUGUUUUGAACUUAUAUAUAGUAUUAUAUAUUGUGUGUAUAGUAUUUAAUAACACCUCUGUAAACAUUGUAUAUAGUCAAUGCUUGUCAUUUCCUGAGUGAAAUUAAAGUUUGUGCAAGUUGUCUGUGAAACACGCUAAA